GAGAGAGCCUGAAAGAUGGCCGAACCGUGAGUCCUCUUUUACAAGAAGUCUUUAUACAUAUAUAUAUAUAAAAUAUACACACACAUUGCAUGUUUUUCUCCCCGUGAACUGAAAGCAGCUUAAGAAACCAGCUCCACCAAAAAGAUAACAACAUCAGAUCCAGUAAGUCAGAAAGUGCAAUCCAGGACUGUCUCGAAGGUUUGCAAAAAAAAACCCGGGUUCCAACAAUUUAAAAAGAGCCGAGAAAAACAACAACUUAAACUGAAUUUAAUGGAUAGAAAUUAUCCCACUUCUGGAUUUGGAGAUCCCCUAGGUGCUGGGCAAGGAUGGACCUACGACAGAUCACCGUCAGGAGUGAAAGCCAGUCUGGUGUAUGGAGGGUCUCGCAGUUCACAUCCCGAAACAGACAUUCUACACAGACAAGCCUACGCGACACCUCAUCCUCUUCAAGGCUAUGCAACCAAUCAUCAUCCCGCUGGCCUCUCGGGGCUUUUUGAGACUGGGCUUCACCACGCUGGCAGCACUACCCCAGACGCCUCUGUCAUGAACCUCAUUUCCGCUCUGGAAUCACGGGCACCGCAGCCUGGACCCUCUGCCUCCUCCCUCCUCUCACAGUUCCGACCUCCAUCCUGGCAGACAGCCAUGCACACCCCAGGACCCGCUGAAUUAUUCAUCUCUGGAGCUAUUCCCGGUUCUGGGACUUUUCCAUCGUCAUCUGCGCUCUCGGCCUAUCAGCACCCAGCCUCCUUCAGUGGGCGGAGUUUCCCGGUGACCUCGUCGUUGACCCUUCAGGAUGCCACCUUCAGCCCAAGCUCCAACGGCCUGCUCUCGCCCCACGACCCGCUGCUCCACAUCAAGUCGUCGCAGUCCAGUGUCCCGUCCUCGCUGACCUUCGACCGCCUGGGCAGUGCCGUCCUGGGUACGGGCCUGCCGUCGCAGAGCUCGGCGUACCGCACGGCGCAGGAGUCGGCCUCCCGGCACCUGCAGUCGCAGUUUAACCUGCUGUCCUCGCCUCUGGGGCCUUCAGACCAGGCCUCGCAGCUCUACAACACCUCGGUCUUCUCCAGCUCGCCGGCCUCUGGCAUCGAGAGGGCUAUCCCGCGGCAGGACAGCGUCAUCAAGCACUACCAGCGGCCCACCGGCGCCCAGGCCCAGCUGCCCGCCUCCCACCACUCCCUGCAGCACUACCUCAGCUGCGGGGGAAGCCACAGCUUCCAGCAGAUGCCCAGGCACUCCACGCUGUCGUGCAGCCCGCUGGGUGAGCAGUCCCCAGUGAGCAGCGAGGGCGGCCAGAAGAGCUCCCAGGCCCGUGGCGAGCACUCACAGAGCUACCGGCCCAUCAUCCAGUCACCGGGCUACUCCUCCUCCUCAUCGUCCUCCUCCAAAUCCAAGAGCUACUCUGCCUCGCGGCAGGCCCAGAGGGGAGGUGCCGCCGGUGCCGCCGUCACGCCCAAGUGCCAAAGCAUCUCUUCCAGCGGCCAGUCGCACAUCUUCUCCUCGUCCGCCCCCAAGGCCAGCUCGGUGAUUUCCACCCAGGCCCAGGCCUACUCCCCAGGCCAGUCGCAGGCCCUGCUGGGCAUGAACCAGUCGCAGAGCUACACGGUGUCGCAGGCUCAGAACCUGGCGGCGGCGGCGGUGACCCAGUCGCCGGGCUUCAGCUCCAGCCAGUCGCAGGACCUGACCGCGGUGAGCAAGGCCCAGAGCUACUCGGGUAGCCAGCAGGCUCAGCCCCAGCCGCAGCCCCAGCAGCAACAACAGCAACAACAGCCACAGGCCCUGCAGACCUGCGUCAGCCAAGCACAGAACUACUCUCCAGAGCAGCUCCAGGGCCUGUCGUCGGUUGGCUCCAUCCAGACCUACAGCGUCCAGUCGGAACCCCAUUCCUCGGCUACACCGGGGCAGAGCUACGGCCCGGCCCACUCGCAAGGGAUGCCUGCGGCCAGUCCCUCCCUCAGCUACGCUGCCGGACACUCCCCGGCCUUGAGCUCCCACGGGCCAUCCAUCGUCUACUCCUCAGCCAGCCACGUCCAGAGCCUGCCGGAUGCCAGCCCCUCGCCGAUCAUCCGGCCCCUGCAGUCCCCAACCAGCAGCCGACCCCAGGGCGUGGGGUCUCCGGGCCAGUCCCAGAAGUACCUGUCCUCCGUCCUGUCGCCGUCCUUCAUCCAGCCGCCUCACUCGCAGGCCUUCCAGCCCUCGCAGGCGCCCCUGGAGCGAGCGCCAGCCUACGGCAAGGCCAAAGCCGACCAGGAGCUGCUGGCGUCGGAGAGGACGGAGGAUGAGGACUUCCUGAUCCAGCACCUGCUGGACUCCCAGAGCCCGCCGCGGGUCUCGUCGCAGAGCCUGGCCGAGUGCGAGGAGCGGGCGCCCAAGGGCAUGGUCUACGAGAUGUCCAAGUCCGAGGAGAGGUACCACCUGCAGAGCGUCAUCCGUACCAGCUCGAGUUUGGACAGCCAGGUCCUGGAGAUGUCGCUGCAGGGUCUGAAGGAGAAGAAGAAAGGCGAGCGGCAGAAGGAAUAUGGCCGCUCCUCAUCCGAUGCCCUGGUCACCUCGGUGGUGCACUACAGCCACCAGCCCAACAGCAUCGACGGCCUGGCUCAGGACAUCAAGAAGACGGUCGACCACCUCCAGGGGGCGCCCCACUUGGACGGUUCCGGAAAGGAGCUCAGCACGGGCCACUCUUACCUGCAGAAGACCCCGGAGCCGGGCUCUCGGGCCCACCACCUGGGCCCUGACUCCUCUCAGCUCGAGAGCCACGGGAUACUGCAGGGCCAGGCCGGCUCGCAGCUGAUGCUGGAGGCCUCGCCGGAGAUGCAGCUGCCGCUAGGCCACCAGGCGCCCGGGCAACAGUCGCAGCUGCUGCAGUCGGUGCUGACCCACACCCAGAGCCAGCAGCAGGCCCAGCAGCAGAUGCUGGAGGUCCACCUGCAGAGUCAGCAGCUACAGGCCGCCCACGCCCACGCCGCGGGCCUGGACUCCCGCCUGCUGCCCGGGGAGCCCCGCUCGCCCCAGCUCGCCCCUCCCGACGCCAUGGAGCGCCUGCCACGCUCCGAGAGCAUGCAGCCACAGGAGAUGCAGGAGUUCCUGGAGCCCGAGCUUCACCUGGAGAGUCACCUGGCCCAGGCUGGGCAGGUCCAGCAAUCCCAGCAGCAACAGCCUCAGCCUCAGCCCCAGCACCUCCUCCCCGAAGCCAGCGAGCCGCUGCGGCUGGACAGCUCAGAGACCUCCCAGCAGGUCUCCCAGCAGCAGCUGGAGGGCAAGGACCAGUUCAGCUCGGGCAGCCCACAGAGCGCCAAGCAGAGGUUCGUGCCACUCACCUCCAUCUGCUUCCCGGAUUCCCUGCUGCAGGACGAGGAGCGCAACUUCUUCCCGGGCAUGGAGGACAUGUUCUGCUCGGCCCCUUGCAGCAACGAGGAGUACAGCAAGCAGCCGUGCGGGGACGAUGCCGGGCAGCCGAUGGAUAGGAGCGACGGUGGUAUGAAGUCCGGCUUUGACAUGAUGCACUCGAGCCAGAGCUUCCCGGGGUACUGCGCCUCUGAGCCGGCUGGGGGGCAGCAGAACGUCCACCUGGACCUCAACCCGGUCGCCAUGAAGCCGGAGCUGGAGCCGCCGACCGUCCAGGCCGAGCAUCUGGGCCUGACUCCGCCUGGCCACGGGCCCACCAGCGCCGAUCUCAAGUCGCCCCUGACGACUGCCAGCUUCUGCUCCAUGAAGACCAAGAAGUUCCUGAAGACCUCCUCACUCCACCUGCUGAAGAAGAAGGACUCCCCCCCGCAGCCGCCAAAGAAGAACUACGCCCAGGAGUACGAGUUCGAGGACGAGGAGAAAGAGGACGUCCCGGCCGACAUCCGACUCAACAACCGCAGGCUUCCCGACCUCCUCCCUGACCUGAUCUCCAGCUGCCGCACCCGCACCAACCUCAGCCCAGUCUCUGACAUUGACUUCUGCUCCGGCAACAACCUGAACGAGGGCAAGAAGAAGGCCAAGAGGACGUCCAAGCCCAAGGAGAAAGGGCCCCCGAGACCCAGGGGACGGCCGCGGAUCCGGCCCCUCGAGCCCCCUCAGGGCGUGACUCAAGAUGGACCCAAGAAGAGGGGCCGGGGCAGGGGAAGGGGCAAGAAGAUUAUGGAGAACGAAAACGAGGGCUUCAAAAUGGAGAAACAAGCGAAACCCAGCAAGGCCAAGGUUCAAGGGUCAAAGACAAGUGAGCUUCUACCCAUCGAGGCUCCAGAGUCUGUCCCAGCGGAAAGCGUCUUGGAGAACAGUCAAACCCAAGAAAAGAUCAAGAAGAAAAUAAAAGAGGUGGAGGAGAAACAGCCGGAAAUGAAAUCCGGAUUCAUGGCCUCGUUCCUGGACUUCCUGAAAUCGGGAAAGAGGCAGCAGCUGCCAGCCACGACCUCUAGCCCGCAGAAAGGGCGCCCCUCGUCGGUUAUUAACCAGCCAUCACAAGCUUCCUUCGGCCUGACGCAGUCAAUGCUGUCGGGGCCCCUCGACGCCUCAGAGAGCGACAGCCUAAUGAGCUGUGCCAGCCCCUGCAAGAGGUUCGACGAUGACCUCAAGAAGAACCUGGAGACUCUGCCGUCGUUCUCCUCUGACGAGGAGGAUUCAGUCAGCAAGAACCAGGACCUGCAGAAGAGCAUCAGCUCUGCCAUCUCUGCCCUCUAUGACCCAAUGGAUCGCAAGGAGAAUGACAUGACAGAUAAUAUGACCGUAGAAGAUAAAGAAGUCAGCACAUCACCUUCUGAGGCCUCCCAGCCAGAGCAGCCUGCACCCCCAUCUCCGGUCUUGCCUAAAGAGUCGAUCCCAGAAGAAGAACCUUCUCCUGCCCCCGAGUCCCCACCACAGCCAGAAGAGAAGGAGGCUCCUUCCCCAGUCAAGCUAGCCAAUAAACAAGACACAGUGGCCAUUUAUGGCGAGACUGACGAAGAUGAUGAGGAGAGUGGCGGAGAAGGUGCCAUACGGAAGUGGGACGAGUUUGUCAUCAAAAUUGACGACAUCAAGGAACUUAAGCUCGCGAUGCAGGCCGGAAGUGAGCCUCCUCCAAUCUGGCGAGUGCAGAAAGCCUCGCUCCAGCAGUUUGUACCCGAGGUGCGGGAUGGUCAGCGCCACUUCUCUUCCAGUGCUCAGUAUAUCGAGUACCCAGAUGAGGUGAAGACGGACUACCAGCGGCUGUACGUGAAGUUUCUGGAGAAUGUGGAGAAAAAGGACUACGUACGGAUCUGCUCAAAGAAGCCCUGGCACAGGCCCUUGCACCUGGCCAAGAAGCAAGACUCUGUCGCCAUUUCUGGCGAGACAGACGAGGAGGAUGAAGAAAGCGGAGGCGAAGGCGUGUUCCGGGAGCGUGACGAGUUUGUCGUGAAGAUCGACGACAUCAAAGCACUUAAGCUCGCCAUGCAGGCUGGACGGGAACCGCCACCCAUCUGGCGAGUGCAGAAGGCCUUGUUGCAGAAGUUCACCCCCGAGAUCAGGGACGGCCAUCGGCAGUUCUGUGCAACCAGCAAAUAUCUUGGCUACUUUGGUCACGCAAAAAAUGAAUACCAGCGACUCUACGUUAAAUUCCUGGAGAACGUCAACAAGAAGGACUAUGUCCGUGUGUGCUCCAAGAAGCCUUGGCACAGGCCGCAGCAAUCCCUGAGACGGCAGAGCCAGACAAAGACCACUCCUAAUCGAGUACCGGUCGUGGUUAAACCGGAGCCACCUGCUCGGCCAGCAUCGAAACCCAAGCAGAGACCAUCCAAAGCCAAGGCCGAGCCCCCUCCGAAGAAGCGGAAAAAAUGGCUGAAAGAGGUUGCUUCAUCAACGGAAUCGGACUCUACCCCCAACCAACAGAGUGAAGAGGAACGGAUCCCAACCGGCCGCAUCCUGAACACACGGGCAAUGAAGGAGAUGUACAAGAGCUACAUCGAGCUAUUGGUCAGUGCGGCCCUUGACCCAGCCAUGAUCGAGACAAUUGAGGCCAACAAUGAUGAACUUUAUUUACCAACCAUGAGGAAAAUUGAUGGAAUUUUAACAGAACAUAAGAAACGCGUGACAAAGCGAGUGUCCCUGAGCUCCUCACUCCAGGAGGGGCUGCAAGCAUUCCCCCAACUGGUUGUUGAGGACUGUGAUGCAGACCGCAAGGACAACCCGGCCAGCUCGGUGAAGUUAAAAGUGGCCGGGACACCCUAUAACCGGAAGACACUCAACCAACUAAAGAAGAAUGUACCGCGGACACAGGACUUCCAAGUGGAGGCAGAGAAAUUGCAGUUUUACACCUUGUUCCACUCCCUCCAUCACUACAAGUACCACACAUUACUGCAUUGUAAGGAGCAGACGGACACUCUGUCGGAGGUGAAUGAGGAUCUGGGCCAGGAGGAGAUUGUGCAGCAGUGUAUGCGGAAUGUGGCGUGGCUGGAGAAACUCUUUGACUCGUUCAGCGAGCUCCUUACACAGGUGCAGCAGCAGUGUGCGUGACACCUCCCGCGAUUGACAAGGCUGCCCGGGACUAUCCUUUCUCUUUCUCUCAUUCUUCCAUCCCCCCUCCACUCCAUCACAGAUCCCCUCUCGCUGCCACCUUGUUCCUAGCCCUUGUCCUUCCCUCCGACGCUGGACUCUUUGUCCAAUUCAAAAGGACGUAGGACUUGACAUCAGUGAUCAGUGGAGCUGGCCUGACCUUCGUCACUGGAUUUACGAUUUUAUUUUUUGGGAUUGUUGUUGUUGCUGUGCGGUGAUUUCAGUGCAAAAAUAUUCGGUUAAGAUUGUUUAAUGACUUAUUACUUUCUUCCUUGCCCUUCGGAUAAAUCCUGACGGCCUAGGCCUCGGCCUGCUCUCAGAGUAUUGAGGGACAUCGAGGUUUUAGGAAAAUGGCGACGGAGGUGGGGCACACUGGGAGGGAGGAGUGUUGGGGGAAAUGCCCAGUUGAAAGACUUGCAAAAAAAAAUGUGGUAAUUCUUUUUUUUGUUGCAACCCCGUCCACCUCACCCGCCUUCCGAAGAUGCCAUCUGCCGUUUCCGUGAGAUGAGUUGCGGCCUACUCACCAAUGCUCAGUUUGAAGGUCACGUAUUAACCCAGCUCACUAACAAUUUCCUUUCCCUCUGGUGACACUGUGUUAAUACAGCUGGAAGGUGUGGUGUUUGAGAUGGAGUGGGGGUCAAUGAUCACAUUGGCUGCAACACUGCCCAUGGUGACCUGAAGCAUAGCAGAGAAAGACCUGCGACAGAGAAAAAGAAACAGUGUGUAAAAAAGGAAAAACAACGUUAAGACAAAGGUCAGGUUUUCUUUUCUUUUUUAAAAAAGACAAAGUUUCAUUUAGGUUUAGGUCAGACUGCCUAUCACAACUUGUCUUUUAAAAACAAAAGUGAAUUCAACCCCUUCAGCAAAAUUAACUACGAACAUAUCCUUUAACCACAAUCCACUUCCUCAUUCUCUGAUUUUCCUCAGAUUCAAAAUUUCCUAAAGAGGCGCUCAAUACUGUUUUUGAGCACUGCCUCCCUUUACUGUGGUCCAUUCCAGGUCUCACUUGUCUAUGUUGGUUAUUCCUGGUGUUGGAUAUGUGAGAUGAUGGAUAGCCUGAUAUGUGAUAGCUGACACUUCAUUCAUUGUUCUGGGCAAAUUAAUGACAGUAGAGGUGGGGUGGCAAUGUUUGGGUUAUAAUUGUCUUCUUCUUCCCUCCCCAACUCCAAUCCCACCCCCACUCUUUCUAACAUGCCCCUUCCUGACCCUUGUCAAUUUGGAAGUUGUAAACUAUCGCUGACCCAGCCUGUUCUGUUCUCUGGUACUGACUCCUCUAUCACUAAUCUCACCUGUUCCCUGAAUGCACCUCCUUCAUCCCAUCCAGUCCCACCAGCUCCUUGGCAUUUGCUUAAUCUUAACCCAAUCCCGUUCCAAAGGCAAAUUCCUGAACAUAACAACUUGCCUUAAUUAUGGGGGGGCGGGGGAGGAGUUGGUUGGGUGUAGUUCUGGGGCACGGGUAGGAUUUUUUGUUCCCUUUGCAGGAGGCAAGGACAAAGGUCAGAGGUGAGCCACAAAUGUCACACACCAACCAUUAGGCCUUUUGACUGACCUCCUGGAUGGAAUGCUCCCUAUCCAACCGUCCUCUGGGCACCCCUUGGCUUUUUCUGAAUGUUUGGGAAGGGGAUUCCCUUGAAUGUUGUGCUUCCUUUUCUCUGGAGACUGGAGAUGCUGUUUUACUCUGUCACUGGCUUUCUUUGCUUGUCUCAUGAGCUGCUGACAUGGUGUGCCAGCUACUCGAGCAGAGAUCUGACUGCGAUGUUAUAUUUGGACUUUUCCCCUGGCCAACUGACCAGGAUAGAGUUAGGAAAUAAAAUAGGCCACUUGUCAACUCAUUAAGUAUUUCUCCAGAGGUCCCAGUGCUCUCCUAAUUUGGAAACUUCAAAUUCCAAAAUAAAUCUUUUCUUUUUACUGCUCGGACAUUGGAGGUGAGGUGGGGGUGGGGGGAUGUUGGAGUGAAUUGCUGGCUUGUCUAACUCGUGCUGUCUCUAAAUUGUUGUUAAUUAUCUGAUUAAGAGUUUUGAGAAGCUGCAGUACCCAGUCAGAGAAGUCUACGUGGUUGCCAUGGUGACCGGCUAGUUUGCCAGUCAAACCUGACCCCCAAUGUCUGAUUUCCUACUUUGGUUGCUUACCCCUCCUACUGACCCCACCCCCUUUCCCAAUCCCAACAGGUAAAAAAUUCCUGGAGGGUUCUGUUUGUAAAUUAGUGUUUAUCAAGUUAAUUUGAAUUGAGAUGAUCUCAAAAUGUCGGAAUGUGAGGCUGUAAAUGCUGGAUCAGCCUUGUGCUGCUUAUUCAGUAAAUGGCUUUGGACAACACUGCAAAUGGCUGCCAUUCUGGAGGACAUGUGACUGAAUACUCAAAAUGGCUGCCAUUCAGGUGGGCAUGUGACUGAAAACACAAAUUGGCUGCCUUCUGGAGGACAUGUGACUUGAUACACAAAAUGGCUGCCAUUCUGGAGGACAUGUGACUGGAUAGUCAAAAUGGCUAUUAUUCUGGAUAUGAGGUGGCUGGACACUACAGAUGGCUGCCACCUUGGAGGGUGUGUGACUGAAUACUGGAGAACAGAUGAUGCUAAAUAGCUGCCAACUUCAAGAAUGAGUGGCAACUGGACACAAUUUUACUCUGGACCUGGGAGGUUGGGUGCAAAUGGAAAUUUGAAAUGGUGGCCAGUCUGGGAUGGAUAUUACAUAUGGCCGAGAGUUGCGAAGGGCGAAAGACUCCGAAGAUCGAUUUCUUUGGAAACAGGUCCCACAAUCAAAGAAGACAAUCCUUCCUUCCGAAAAUGGCUGUUGUAAAUCAUCUUCCCCCGGCCAGGCAACUCCAACCCACCCCUGCACCAUCCUACAACCUCCCACCUACCCCACUGAAAAUAUAACACUUUUAAAAAGAUGCAUAGUCUACGUUAGUAGUUACUUCCAUGCAAAACGUCCUGGGGUCUCCUUGACAUGACCUAUGGCAAUUCUAAAUGGAUGUGGGAAAGGAAGGGAAAACAGGUGGGUGGUGAUGUAGGGGAGGGGAGAAAUGCCAGUAAGAAAGGAACUCUGCAGGAGCAGCUUUGAGCUUUAUUAAAAACUCAUUAAGGUGAGGUUGAGUGUGACACACUGCAGCAAGUUUUGGACCUAACUUUCUGAUUUUAAUCAUUUAAAAGAAAAUUUCCCCUCAUCCUUUUAACAAGAGAAUUAACUAUUUAAAAAAAAAACAAAAAAAGUCUAACGCUGGCUGAAUAUAAUUUAAUCAAGUUUUCAAGUUAUUUAAAUGCAUUUUACUGAUUCCAUGUCUCUCUUUCCUUCCAGUAAAACAAUUUUACAAAAAAAAUUAGAUUCUGUCCUUCUUGGGUGCUGAGUUCUCUGAAGCGCUUUUUAAAAUAGUGGCUACAUGCCAAAUCUCCAGUGUAUAUAUUGUACAGAGCAAAUGUCCAUGUACUAUAUUAUAUUUGAGAGAGGUAAUCAAUUCUUAACAGAGGAAAAAAAAAGCAAGGUUGCUUAGCUGUGAUGUUCAGUCUGACUGGACCUUAUUAGUACCUGGUUUAUAUAAUAUGUUCUGAGACUUGUCACGUGUCCUAUUUUAUUCAAAAAGGUAGUUUACGACAAAACGGAUUGAUACACCCCUACACAGACCCAGUGAGUGGCGGGAUGAACUUGCCUGUGAUAGGAUCUCCCUAACCCUCCACCUUUAGCAUAAGAGACUCGGGUGCCCCAAACUAAAGGCCACAACCCUGCAGGAGUGAUCUCGGUUGCUGCUGGGAGUUGGGCAAUUGGGUACGGUUCAUUGGAACUGAGGGACGUAUGGAAAUGAAAUUCAGCCAGAGCUGCUGCUUCUGAUGGCAUUGAAGCCUCCCACUGUCUGCAGCAUUACGUAUGUGUGUGUGUGUGUGUGUGUGUGUGUGUCUGUCUGUCUGUCUGUCUGUGAGAACAGUCUGGGAAGAACAGCACAGGAUGGCAAUGCUGCUUGCCCCAGUUGAAUUUCACGUGGGGCACCUGUCAGCUGCAGGUGUUGCGCUGGGCUGUGAUGCCUGUUCCGUUUGAAUACACAGCGUGAGUCUCUGGGCUUGUGUGUGAAAGCAAGUCAUGGGGAAGGAUGACAAUGUGAUCAGAGGGUAGAGUAAACCUGUAACAACCCAAUUAUAUACAUGUCUAGUCAGUCUGAUGACCUCAUUGGAAAAUAUUGAUCUGAAAGAUGCCCAGUUCUGAGCUGGGAUAUCAAUUUUAUGAUUGCACAUUGUGAUACUUGCCUGGUUUCCAAUUCUCCCCUUCCACCCGGCUAUAUGCACAGCCGACACAUUUGCCCCAUCGUUGCUGAGAGGACUAGAAUGUUAGGCAUGAUAUCCCACCCCGAUCCAAACCCCCAAAGGCUCUGGUAAUGAUAUCGUUCCCAGCCAACCAUCAGUAUGAACGUGCCUCAGAGGUGAAGCUGCUUUUAUCUUUCUUCUAUCUCCGAGUUUUGUCAUCCUUUGUGCAUUAUGUACAAUAAGACCAUAAGGCAUAGGAGCAGAAAUAGGCCAUUCAGCCCAUCAAGUUUGCUCCACCAUUCAAUGAGAUCAUGGCUGAUUUGAUAACCCUCAACUCUACUUACCUGCCUAUUCCCUGUAAUCCUUGUUUCCUUACAGAUUAAUAAUCUGUCUAUCUCAGCCUUGAAUAUACUUAAUGACCCAACCUCUGCAGUAAAGAAUUCCACAUUCUGAGAGAAAAAAAGUCCUCAUUUCCGUCUUAAACAUGUGACCCCUUAUUCUGAGUUGAUGCUCUCUGGUCCUAGACUCUCCCACAGGGAGAAACAGCUUGUCCAUAUCUACCCAGUCUAGCCCCCUUGUAUGUUUCAAUAAGGUCACCUCUCAUUCUUGUAAAUUCCAAUGUGUACAUGCCCAAUCUAUCAAACCUACCGGUAAGACAGUCCCUCCACAUCUGGGAUUAGCCCACAAAUCGUUGAGUGAAAUUCUGGUGAAUUCUCGCCUAUAUCGCAAUGUAAUAUAGUCACAGUUGUCAUUGUGGGAAACACUGAGCCAACACUUGUGCACAGCAAGCUCCCACAAACGGCAAUAUGUGAAGGACCAGAUCAUCUGAUGGUUGAAAGAUCCAUAUAACCCCAGCCAAGGCAAAGCUCCCCUGGCCCUGCUUUUCUUCAGAAGACAGCCGGUAUGUCUUCUUUGGAGCACAUCCACCUGAGGGAACAGAUGGGACCUCGGUUUGUAUCCAAACCAAAAGAUGGCACUCUCUGACUGCAGUUCUCCUGCAGUACUGUGAGGCAUUUCGAAGCUUGACUGAAUGUGAUUUCUCAGUUGUGCAUCUCACCACCAUCUCCCCUCCCCCCGCAACCUUUAUGGCACACAGGCUGAUCAGCCCGUUGCGUCCAUGCUAGCCCUCCAGAGUAAUCCAGUCAGUCCUUUUCCCCUGCUCGAAUAUUGUCUCGUACCUCGGUCGAGCAGGCAUUCCUUGUGUGGCUAUGGCGGUGUUGUGUUGGCUGUUUGGAUAAGUUGGCAUUAUUAUCAUCAAGCUUCAUUCCAACCCUCAGGCACUCGUCCAUCAGUAGUGUCACUGGAUUGUGAUCCGAAGUAAGAGCCAUUAGCUAAACCAAUGGACUGGGGUAGGCAUUUUAUUUGAGUCAUUGGUUUUUGAGUAUCCUGUGGAUUAAAAUAAUUUUUAGGGUUUACUUUCACUAACUUAUCAUUAAUGUAUGGAUGGCUGGCUGUGUAUCUGUGUGAACGGAACAAACAGUAGGUUAUCCUCGGAUAUGGGAAAUAUCUUCUAUUCGGAGCCACAGGAAUCUUCUAGAACUUGCAUUAUAUGAUGUAUUGGGUUGCCAACUCUGGCUGGACUAUUUCUUGAAGGUUUCGUCACAUGAUAGCAUCCCAAUUGCAAAAAACUUUGUAACAACUAAAAACCUGAAAGCUUUUGAACCGAAAUGUCAAAACUCUUCCCCGAUCUUUAAUUCCUAGCAUCUUCCCUGGAGAUUAACCUAUUUUUCUAAUCAAACCGUUCAGAGAUGUUAUUACACACCUCUGGAGCGGUGGGACUUGAAC